GUUUUUUUCCUCAUCCUCUUUUGGAAAAAAAUCAAUAAAAUGAACAGUCGAGUGAUGUUGUGGAAAAUUUUCGUUGUUAUUGGCAUGGCGUUAUUAAUGUAUGCAAAUUAUGCGGAAGCUGGCAAACAUCAAAAAAAGAAAAAAAUCGUUAUACACGUACCCAUCCAUAAAAAGAUCGAAAAACAUACACACACCGUCAUUAAACACAUCCAUCAUCAUCACAAACCGAUUGUUCUUAAAGAGGAAAAGAAAAUCAUCGAGGAGCAUCAUCAUCCGGUUAUAAAAAAGGAACAAAUCUCACAUGAACAUCAUCAUCAUCAUGAGGCAAAACAUGAACAUCAACACAAACAUAAACAUGUGGAACCGGUUAAAGAAUAUGAGGAGGAUCAUGAAGAGGAACAUGUACAUCAUCAUCAUAAUUAUGAGCAUAAGUCACAUGAUGAGGAAAUCGAUGAUGAUUUUAUAGAGACAAGGCAUUAGUACUUUUUUUAUAAAGUUAAAGGAAGUUAGUUUAAUAGUGAAAAUAAAUAAAUAAGUUAUAAUUAUUUGAAAAUAAUAUAAAAUAAUAUUUAAAAUUAAGUUAAAAUUAGUAAUUUUUUAAAAAAUAAACGGAAUGCUUAGACAAUAUUUCAUGAUAAAA